AUGACGACUAAUAUGUCGCUGAAGGUGCUAUAUACCGUGGACAACGAAACUAAUUCCUACUUGACCCGAAGCGAAACAGCGGUGGGCGUACGUGUGGAAAACAUUACCAGUCCUAAUGAUGACGGGUCCCAGAUAAAGAUCGGAAUCGUGCAGUUGAACGAUGUGUUGAACGAAAUAUGUGCAUCAUCGCCCGAGCUCUUCAGCUUUGGACUUGGAGCGAACGUUGAUUAUAAUGUUUACUGUAAAGACAUUUGCGAAAUGGACGAACCUUUGGUCAGCCUCGGCCUUUUGUCGAAACUGCGAAGAGAUUCAUCUGCCACUCAACAAGUUUCCAAAUGGCCCUUAGUCAUCGGGCGCGUGUGUUCUAAUUUUUCGGCGAUGCUGCGGUUCCAGAAUCAAAACGCUGAUGCAGCAUCCCAACGCACUCUAGAGAUAAAAAUGCGUUUUUCCAAAGUAGCCACGGCAAACUCUUCUCGCAGGUCAAGCAUAUCAAACAAAAACGCGCCGGUAAACAUGGCUAGAAUUUCAUCAUCAUCAACAUCAUCUGCCAACGGCACGGCUGUGCAUACCGUCACAAAACGCUUAUCCAAAACAACGGAGCUGGGGAAACCAGAUCAAGCAACAGCGCCCAUAACGAUUAAAAGACAAACAAAUCCCAAGCCAGCACCCAAGGCAGUACGAACCCAGUCGUUACCCAUUUGGGAUCAGACAAAAAACAAUCAAUUUGCAUUACCCACCAAUUCCAUCGCACACAAGAUUUAUCUUGCAGAUAGAGCUGCUAAAGAUACAGAUCCAGCGCUAAGGCAGAAUCAGGAUUACAAAAAACCAGUCUUCCAGAUCAGCAGCUUACAAAACGACAACACAGUUCAGAGAACUAAGGUCGAUGAUUCAGUUAGCAAAAGAUUCGACUUCAUUACAAAGAAGAAGGGCAAAAUGGGCAAACCUAGCAUCAAAAAACCUGCAAGCAAGUCUAAAUCGACGGUGGUCAAAAAGACUAGAAGGGAUAGUGUCCCUAACCCGGUUGCUGCAGGUUCAAGUGAGUCGCUAGCAGUCAACAAAAGUGAUGAGCUCGAUGAAUUUAAACUGCUGGGGGACGAAGAUCUUGUUCAGGAGCUACUAGACAAACAAAAAGUGAAAUCCAUCGAUUACUUCGACCCUGAUCAACCUGAAAGAAGUGACGAAUCCAACAAGGAAAAUAUACCUCCGCGUACGACGCCGGCUAGCUCCCGUUUCGAGGAUUUGCUGGGUAUGGACCUUCCAUCUUCUAGAACACCGAGUGAUGCUGAAAAAGCACUCCAUAACCCCAGAAGUGACGAUCCAAUGGAAUGGUUUAACGAUCUGUUCGGCUCUCCAAUUCUGAGCCAAAAAGGUGCUACACCUAUAAAGGAUCCCCUGACCUGUAAUACUCUCCCCAUCGAAGACGAGGAGCCCGAUGCUGUUAGGGUGCCCGUGAGUGAUCUCGAUAGAACGUCACCCAUGGACACCUUAUCAAUGCCAUUGUAUGAACUUGAACAAAAGAAGGUGCAAAUGGCCGAAAAAGCAGCUCCCUCGUGCAAAGAUCAGCUGCGAAGAUUGCCGCUGCUUUCGAGAGCCGCUAGUGGAGCUUUUUUGCAGGAUCUGGAGGAUGAAAGUAUGCCCGUUCCGCACACCUCGCCCACAGCGGAAGUCGUUGAUGGAAAAUCAAGAUGCAUGGGGAAAAGAACAGGUUCUGCGACUUCUUCGCCUGUCGGAGAUGAAGACUACAUGGAUGCAUAUAUGCAGGAAAAGCGCAGAAAACGAGGAAUCAUGCCUUCAUCGCCAACGUCAAUGUUUCCCUACUCCGGAGCGGAUAACGAUGCAGAUAUUGAUGGCCACCACGACAGCACGAUCUUGAACGAUGAUUUUUCGAUGAAUGGGGGCCCGCAGGAAACCGGAAUGAAUUCCACGCCGGCCACGCAAUAUCGCUCGAGCGACGGGGAAAUUUCUAAGCAUAGAGAGGAGCACGAUGCAGCAAGUGCCGGACAUCAGUUUUCGCGUAUAUAA